UUUUCCGUUCUCGGCGAUAAAGGAGUUCAGAGAGGAGGAGGAGGAGAGAUGGCGGCGGCGGCGGAGCCCCAGAGCGGGGGAGAGGGACACCACAGCGGUGAGAGGGAGCGGGAGAGGGACGGGGACAGAGACGGAGAGCGGGACGGGGAGAGGGAGAGGGAGAGGGAGCGGGCGGCUUUCGAGUGUAACAUCUGCCUGGACACGGCGAGGGACGCGGUCAUCAGCCUGUGUGGACACCUCUUCUGCUGGCCCUGCCUCCAUCAGUGGUUGGAGACGAGGCCGAGCAGACAGCAGUGUCCUGUGUGUAAAGCUGGAAUCAGUAGAGAUAAAGUUAUUCCUCUGUACGGCCGCGGCAGCAGCAGCCAGGAGGACCCCAGACUGAAAACUCCACCUCGACCUCAAGGACAGAGAACAGAGCCUGAGAGUAGAGGACCGUUCCAGGGUUUUGUGGACACAGGCUUCCACAUGUCGUUUGGAAUCGGUGCUUUUCCCUUUGGUUUCUUCACUACAAUCUUCAACACCAACGACCCUUUUCACAGAGCAGAUCCUCACUAUGCAGGAGAUCACCAAGGCAACGGCAACGGUAACCCGAACAACGGCAACAACUGGCAGGACUCGCUCUUCCUCUUCCUCGCCAUCUUCUUCUUCUUCUGGAUGCUGAGUGUGUGAGUGCGUGUGGGCGAGAGAGGGAGAGAUACUGAGGAAAGGAGAGAGAGAGAGCGGCAGAUUAGUGGACUCGUACGGUACUGCUAACAGACGAGUGUGUGACGCCACGCUCAGCUCUGUCUGGAGACGUUUUUCUGUUUUUAUUUCUGGGAGGAAUAACUUCACUCUUUCUGUCUCUCGCUCAGUCUGUCUGUCUGUCUGUCCGUCUGUCUGUCUGAUUUGUACAUAUUUGCACUCCUACACUGAGAGACAGACCGAUACGCAGAGAUGUGAGGCGCGAUUAAAGACGGAAGAGAGACUGUGAAACAGCCGCAGCACAAAAAUGAUGUCUGAGGAAGGGGAAGCGUCAUAUACAGUCGUGUGCAAAAGUUUACGCACCCCUGGUCCAUUCCACGUUGAUUUUCUCAGUGUGAGUGAGUAAAUACGUCCUCUACAGAGACGCACUGCUACACAUCUCAAUACACGUUUGCUGUUUAUUCACUGAAUUGAACAUAUUGGGGCAAAAAUAAAGCAUAAAAUACGACCUGUGCAAAAAUGAUGGCACCCUUUUCAUGUUCCCAGUUAGUCGGACACAGGAAAUUUCAUACUAUAAUUAACAGAAAAGAAGUGGUGGAGGGGUGGAGGGGUGGCUACCGCCCUGGAGAGUUCAGAUCCAACACGCCUGGCUCAUAUACUCAGAUGCCCCUUGAAGGCCUUGAUUACCUGGAUCAGGUGUCUUAGGUUAGGGGUGGAGCUAAACUCUGCAGGGUGGUAGAUCUCCAGAACAAGAUUGGGCUCUGCUGCUGUAAAGGAUUAACUUAUUCAGCAGAACCUAAUUUAACCAGAGGUGUUGAGAUGUUUGCCUAAGACAGUAUAGAGCACUAAGUGAGCUUUGGCUCCUGCACCCAUAUAGCGGACUCUAUGUCCAGUAGUGAGCCGUGCACACGUGGCUGAAUCCCAAAUGCUCUGCGUCAGACAUGUGGGCUCUUUUCGGCGCAGGAGCCGUUAUUUUAGGACCUACCUAGGGCACUACAUAGGGAGCGGGCAGCUGACUGAGAUGUAGCCGAGUUUCACGACGGUCACCAAGUCUCCCUGAUGGUGUUUUGGUGCCGUUUUGGAGCAGCAAGAUCAGAAAAAAGAGUGAGUGAAGAAAAAAAGCUUUGGAUAGACACUCUCUCUCACUCUCCCACACACACACACACACACACACACACACACUCACACUCGUGCGUCUUUGCCACUCUCGGAGGAGGUUUCCUUCUGGGUUAAAAAGCUCUUUUCUAAUCUUUACGCUAAUCUAGUCGUCGUUUUCACAGCUCCACAUUAACAGAUUUUCAUACCAAAGAGAAAAGUCUUUUUACUCAAAUGUUAGUUUAGUGAUGAACUGAGAGAAAGUGGUAAAAAUAAAUAAAUAAAGCCGUAGAUGAACACGUAUGUGAAGUAUUGGGGUGGGUUGUAUUCGUCCCCGUUCCCCCUCCCACGCAGCGUUUACCGGCCUGUGCACUGUGCUAGUGUUUAAAGCUGAGGGUCAGCAUUGGUGGCGUUUGUCCCUGAGCUGAAGGUCAGGAGUUUCUGAGAGCUGGAGGUGAAGAUCAGUGUUCAGAGGUUAAUCUCAGACCUCAAACAGUCCAGAUUAUGAUUCUUUAGGAAACGAAUCAGCGCAUCAAGUCUCCCCUUUCGCCACGAUUCGUUUCCGAUGUUUUGGUACGCCUCGCUUUACGCUGUGAAACCUUCCUGCAACUUUGGCUUGAAACCUAAAUGAUGAAGUAAAGCCAAGUUGUUAUAAACUCAGCCGCAACGGUUGCAGGCAGCCCCACAGUGUCAUGAAAUGUUGAUGGGGUGUCGUGUGAUUUACAUCCAACAGCAUGCAGUGAACAAAGAUGAAACAGAAGGUUGGACUGCUAUUAUACAGAUUUAAAAAUCGAGAAAUGGCACCCAGGAAAACACUGAAGAUAAAAAUGCUGCAAAUAUGUAAAUUACACAUUGCAGGUGACUUUACAGCAAGAACGAAACAGCUUCAUGUUCGCUCGUGUGCGUCGUGCGUCGCUCAUGUGCCGGUCCGCUCUGUUAUAAUCCUAGUCCAGUAUUCGCAGAUGUAAGACUGAAAAACGAAGGUUUAUGAAGCCCCUGUAGAGUGAAGCCCCUCACGUGCAGUGACAUUAGAUAUAAAUCAGUCAGGGAAUCGGAGCAGGUGCUUUUGGACAGAGUCACAGGGUAAGCGGUAGAAUCUCGGAGCUGGGCUGAUCCAUAGAGGCAGAAAACCAGCAUUGUGAUUGUAUUGCUACAUUUUAGGAUUGCGAUACCCAUCAGUGAUACGGUUAAAGAGUGGCCUGAAUUAUUUUGACCAAAAUUGUUAGCGUUUGUGGAGUCACGUGAUUAAAAUGAUCAACACCAAAAUUGAGUUAACAGCUCAUUUCUCGUGUCGUAUUUUCCAAGAUUUUAUCAUUUUGAUCAACAAACUGGAAGCCGGUCUCCAACCGUCCCUGGGAAAGAAAGCUCAGAACAUCUAAGACUGAGCCCAGUAAGUCAUCACACAGCACUCUGAUUGGUUAGAGGGCUCAUUUGCAUAUUGCAGAAGAGGCGUGCAAUAUGGUGAAAACCCCGAUGUCGCUUUCAUGUCACGGUGUUUGUGACAUCUGGAAUUUUGGAACAGGCAGAGAAAGAGCCAGAAGUGCCGCACAGCACCAGUUCAGUGAUCUAGAAGCGAAACGUGACGUGAUGUUAUUUACCACCCAUAGUUACUGCUGUUUUGCAGCCUUCUGCGAACAAUAUAUCGUACAAUACUGAGUGUAGAUCACGUCUGAAUUUAUCAUUAAAAGACGAUGCAGGUUUAGCACCAGGCUGAAUCUGGGUCAGGGCUAGUUUACCUCUAGAGGGCAGUAUUUGCAGCUGUUGUCCACCUUCAGUCAUUACACUAAAGCUGAUAUUGUGUGUUUAUUGUGACUCACAGCUCAUCACUUAGGUUGCCGAUCUGUUCACUGGUUCCAGCUGCGCGAUAAAGCUUUAUUAAGAUUUACAGGACGGGUUUCACAAAAUCCAGUCAGACACUCAUAAUUAGUCAUAAUUAGAGGGGAAGCCCACUGAUAAUUACAUCGUUAAACCACAGAGAUUCAGAGGGUUUGGUGUGAAACGGUUCAGACGUCUUUACAGUGGUGGUGAUGGGAACCAGGCGUCGCCAUGACUACAACACAGAUAUAGACACUUUAUUUACCAUCCAGAACCACCAGAGAACCUACACAAGUCUUCCGAGCUUAUAUGGAAUGCUGACGAUGGAAAAUCUGGAAUCAUAAGUUUUCUUUGGGGACCCUGAAUGAAGCCCUGCCCUGUAUGAACAGACCCAAAAUUUUCCCAAAACUACCAUAAAACAGCGUCUCGGUCAGGCAGCAAAUUCAUACCCAUUUCAUGUAGGAACUUUAGGAGGAGCUUUUAGACGGCAUCUAGUCGAGUGAAAUGAUCUUAAAUCUACUCGACUUUCAGAUGGGCACUUAUAAUACGAUUAUCUAGCUUAUUUAGAGACACUUCUCUUGUUAUAAGCAAUUUUUAGUAUAAGUAGAAUUAUUUCACCAUCUUGGCAGAUGGUUUAGCACAUUUUUAUGACAAAACGCUGCAAUUAAAUGACGUAAAGGUAUAAAAUGUCUAGAAACGGGGUCCAAAUAUUCUAUUAAGCUUCUCGGCAGGAGAAAUGUUAGAUGUAUUGACCGUAUUGAAGAUGGUUUUACUUGACGAGAUACCGUUAGAGGUGGACGUCUGGGUUCCGUCACCACCACUGUGAACGAUCCUGACCUCAAAUGACUCUGAAUGACUCUGUUUACAUCUUUCUUUCUGUAUUAUGCACAAACCUUUAUGCAAGUGUAGAAAUCAGCAACGUAAUGAAAGCGUAAAGCUCGUUUAUUUACUUCUCUCCUCUUCUAAUCGGUUUCCCCACUAAUGCUAAACGAGUGUGAAGCCAUGGUUGACUCCAGCCGUAGAGCACAGGACGUUGCACCUCUAUUAGAUCAUAAAGACACGGAAACUUAAAAGUUUUUAUAAAUAAUCAUAAUAAAAGCUUAAACUACCUUACAGCACAGUAUGGUUUUUACCCUGAUGCCAUGAGUAUUCUCCCGGUCGUUAACUGUGUGUGCGUGUGUGUGUAUAUAUAUUAUAUGUGUAUAUAUGAAUAUUGUAAAUGAUGUUUUUAAGUGUAUCAUUGUUUGGUCGUUGGGGAUUGAUUGACAGUUUCUGUAGAACUGAUCUAAUAUGUGAAAAUAAUAGAAAAUAAUAUUCGCUUCUUUUCUCUCUUGGGUAAUUUCCGGUUGGGAAUGUCUUCUUGAGCCAAUCAGCGAAAGGAAAGGAAAACAGCCCGACUCCUCUCAGCUGGGAUACGCCCGCCCUGCCGUACGCAAAUUAGACCCAAAUAAACCAAUGCCUGAGGCAGAUUCAUCUCGGCGCCGCCGUUUAGGGCACGGGACCGAACGCGUUAGUUCAGAACUGAGCUGAUCAUCAGUGGACUUGAGCUGUGGAGCUCAUCACAGUGUUGUUAUUAUUGGUGAGAGUGGUGAUCGCUGCAGAUUGACUCUGUUUGGCAGGGCGGGCUCGGUGCUGUGGAGGAGUUUGGGGCACUAUGACUCUUUUUUGCAUAUCACUGUUUAAUCCAGAUCUUUGUAUUCCUCGUCUUUUUGACAUUAAAACCAAUAAACGGAGGGGAUGUUUCUCCUGGGGGCUCUUUUGGUAGAUCGUACAGUAAUUGAAGCGCUGAAGGUCAAUGGGGCAGAAAAACAAAACGGCUGUGAUCUGUUUGCUGGCAGUUAAUGAAUAAAUGUUUCUUACUGCAUUCGA